CACCCCUCAAAGUCAUCAAAGGUACACACAAAACCUGAAUGCUUGGAGUCUUAAGAGUGUAGUGGACAGCCACCUUUCUAUCUCCUACGAAAGUAACUGCUGCUAUUGUCGUAGUUCUGGGCUGAGAGCAUGGAUAAGCUGAUUCUGCUGCUUGGGGUGUCCAUCCUCGCCAGUCUUCUGUCAGAAGCCUUUGCUCAGACAGACCUCACAGGAAAAGUAUUUGUGUUCCCCAGAGAGUCUGACAGCAACUAUGUGAAGUUGAUCCCACGUCUAGAGAAACCUCUGGAGAAUUUUACACUGUGUUUUCGAGCCUAUAGUGACCUUUCCCGCCAUCACAGUCUUUUCUCCUACAGUACCAAGGGCAGAGACAAUGAGCUACUAGUUUAUAAGACAGAAGUUGGAGAAUACCAACUGUUUAUUGGACAUUCAAAAGUCACAGUCCGUGGUCUGGAAGAACUCGCUUCCCCAGUGCAUUUCUGUACCAGUUGGGAGUCCUCUUCUGGCAUUGCUGAAUUUUGGGUCAAUGGGAAACCUUGGGUGAAAAGGGGUCUGCAGCAGGGGUAUGUUAUAAAAGACCAACCCAUUAUUGUCCUAGGACAGGAACAGGAUACCUAUGGAGGAGGGUUUGAUAAGUCCCAGUCCUUUGUAGGAGAAAUUGGAGAUUUGAACAUGUGGGACUCUGUGCUAACACCACAAGACAUUAAACUUAUGUACCAUGGUUCCACUCUUGCUCCUAAUAUUCUGGAUUGGAAAAAUCUGACCUAUGAUAUAAAUGGCUAUGUAGUCAUCAAGCCCUGUGUGUGGCUUGAUUAUUAUUAAGUUCUUACAAUAAGACCUCAUAAAAAUGAAAUGAUCAAUGUCCAAGAAAUCAAGUCAGCACAACUUGACACUCAAUUCUUUUUUCUUCUUUGUGAACCUCCUGUCUAUUUAGCAGUUUAAUAAAAACAUUAUCUAAUUCUG